CUAAUUCUUAUGGGUAGAAUAGUGGUUUAUAAAAGCUAUAACCUACAGAUAAUGUAAGAACGAAAGAAAUAAGUUUAAAUAUUAGUUUUUGAUAACCACAGUUCAAAAUUUAAAUAAAAUAUACUGUUAUUAAUUUAUUCUCAAAAAUAAAAAAGUUAAUCUUCUUAAUAAAAUUAAUCAGAAUUAAAAAACCAAAUAAAAAGAUACACAUUUUCAGAAUCAGGCUAUAAAUUAAAAUUACAUUUUUGAUAUGCAUUCUCACAGUCAAUUAGCUAUUGAUUAUUAAAAUGCGAACAAAACUAAGAGCUCUUUAAUAUUUAGUUUUUUGAGGAUUGAUAAAAAUGUACUCUAUCUAAAUAUCAGUUUAGAUAAACUUAAUUCAAAAUAUUUAAAAAUUAGUUUUAAAUAGAUGAAUUAAAAUCAAUUAAAUAUAUAUUAUUUAUCAAAAAAAUUAAACUAAACUAAAAAUAAAAGAAAAAAAGAAAAGAAAAUGGAAGCUUCUCUAAUAAAAUAAAUACAGGAAGACUUUAAAAAUGAAGACAUUUACGAACACUGUCCUUAUUUAAAGUAGGAAAAAGAAAAAUUUGAUUCAUAUGCUUUAUCGAUUUGCUAAAAAUACGAAACUGAAAAUCAUACCCUAAAUGGCACUACAGCUUAACAAACAAAAAAUCCAGAUAUGAUUACUGGUAGUUACGAACCAAGUUAAAAAGAAUUAGAAAUGUUUAAAAAUAUUGCAAAUUAUGCCAAAGAAUAAAUAUUAGCAUUUAAAGAGGAAAAAAUAAAUUUAAAAGAAAAUUCUCAUUUUUAUGGAUUUGAUGACAGUGUAAUUGAAUUAGAUUAACUAAAAAUACAUGAUGAUGGUAAAAUUAAAUAUAAGAAUAAAUAGGAUUUGAAUAUAAUAACCUUUUUGAUACCUGGUUAUAAUAUUAAUGAGGAUAAAGCCUCAAUGUAUUUUGAAAAUUUUGUAAAUUAUAAGUACAAAGAAUCUAAAACAAACUUAUUUGUUUUUUUCAAAUGGUCAGAUAGUAGCAUUUUAAGAAUCACAUAAAAUUUUUUCAAUAACAUUAAGAAGAAUUAAGAAAGUUAAAAUUAUGAAGUGUAUUUAGAAAAUUUGUUGACUUCUUUUCUUAAUGAGAAGGAUUGGGAUAACAUAUUUAAGAUAAUUGCUUACUUGGUUAUAAAAGCAAUAAAAGUAUUCAUCAGCCUCAAAAUUAAAGAAUUUGAUUAUCUUAAUGAUGUAAUUAGCUUAUUUGAAACAGUAGUUAAUUCAAUCAUUGAUUACUUCAAAGACUCUUACUAAUAAUCUCAAAAUGCUGGCGCUGCAUUAGCAGAAUAUUUAAACAACUGGGACUUGAUAAAAAAUUUAAAAAUAGAUUUUAUUGGAUAUGAAUUUGGUACUGUAGUUACAGCUUAUGCAUUGAAAAAUUUGGUAAACCCAGCUAGAUAUAUAAUUCUAAUAAAAGGAUUUGCAACAAUUACAGAAAUAGAAGAAUCCUAAAAAAACUUUUAAAUGUGUUAUAAUUUCUAUACUACCAAAGAUUUUUCAAUUUAUUAAUUCUUUGAAAAGGCAAAACUUCUUGGAGAUAAACCUUUUGUAGGAACAAAAGAAAUUAGCUUAAACAAUAAAUUGAUUAAAAAUAAAAAUAUUGAUGAUCAUGAUAAUAAAAUGUAAGAGCUUUAUGAUUUUGCAAUGGAAGCAUUUAAUAACCCAAAUAAUAAGUAAAUUAUGAUACUUUGAGAACAUCUAAAGAUCCCUCUCAAAAAAAAAUAGAAAUAAAAAAAACAGGCAAUUCAAUUUACAAUACUCAGAUAUAAAAUAAUGUAUUACCACGAAUCUUGUAUAUUUCUGUAUGAGGAUAUUUAGUUUAUAUAGCAAUCAAUUUUUAUUUUUUUGAGAGUUUCUAUGUAUUAUAUCUGUCAACUAAAUAAAUUUAUAAUUUUUUUAAUGGUAUAUAGAAUUUUUUAACACUUUUAAGAAUAUAUAUACUUAAAUAUCGCACAUUUUUUACAAGCCCAGCUAUUUAACGCUCAAUGAAUAAUCAAUAAAAAUAUAAAAAUAUUUAAUUGAUAGAGAAUUUACAAUCGGGGCUUUUUUAGAUCAGUAGGCAGAAAAAACCUCUCUGCCACACUAUUUUUUCGCCUUCCAAGUAUUUUCCUUGGAGGGCUACUUUUCAUACUUUUUUAAAAACAAUUUUUAACAAAUUUUUAAUAAAUUG